AUGGCAGAAGCCCUUCGGAGUCUCGAGACCAAACAUCAGAGCACAGGUGGCAAGUUCUAUCAAGCUGGUGUGCUUCGCUGGACCAACCAACCGGUCACGAAACGCAUCCUCUUCACUCUCUCGGAAUGCCGCUCUUGCAUUAGCGGAAGAUUUUUGAGUGUUCCUGAAUAUCUGCCAUGUGCUACCGGCCAGCCAGCUCCAUCUAGUCGAAUCUCAGACGCAGAUCUCGCGACUUAUAGCAUUCUGUUUGAUCUCGAUCAUGAACGCAAAGUCACCUGUGCCACAGGCUUGAUGCCCCGGACGCGCCUCGCAACUCCAACCGAGCAGGGGGAACACCGGGGGAAGGCGGGGAAAACCUCAGCCAAGGCCCAGCAGAGUUACACGAGGGGGGUCGGACUGAUGGAUACCCGGGACAUGGCGAUGGAUAGAGAGCCGCUUCGACCAAAAGAGGCGGAAAGGACCAGCUCCCCAAUGCCUGGAAAAGGCUUAGAGCCGACUCCUGCGUUCAUGCAUGCAUGCAACGCAACAGACAACAGAAAGCUCAGAACGGAACAGUCGGACGGUGGAUCACUCAAUGCCCGGACAGGCCAUUGUUCGAGAAAGAGAAGCCAGCCGAGCCAGCGAGCCAGCGGCCUUGUUGACCGCCCUGCCACACCCCAGCACGUCAGCAGCAGCCCGGUGGGGGAGGCUAACAGACGCGAGAAGGCUCACAACAACAUUGACUACACAGACCGCGCCGUUGGCAGACAUGGUGCAGAUGUCUGCGGGGAGGAGCGGAAAGAAAACCAACCCCUGGUACUGGAUACCUGGUCGCUCGGAGCUUUCCCACGCGCUAUUCCAAGUCCAGCAUGGGCCAGCGACAGCCGGUGGACCCCCCAGUGGUGCCCUUCACUCGUCAGGCCGACUUCCGGCACAUUUAUCCAGAAGGGUAUCGUCAUCUUGGCGAGGACUGGGUACCUUGCACGACAAGCCACUUGGGUGCGCAGGGCUGCUUCUCUGGAUCUGGAGCAUUUUCGAUGGUUGUCCACUUCUGUCUAG